UAUCAUCUAGGCGAGGGGGUGGCCAUGAACGGCCGCGAGACGUGUGAUGCAAACUGUGAAAGGAAUGCAAAGACCUCAAUUUACCGAACAGAUCUGAAGGACGUCCUACAGCAGGUGUCAGGUGGUCAAACGACUCUCGCUAAGCGCAGUCGUCAACACCGGACUUGCGCAAAAGUGCAGCUGUUCCGCAAUCCUGACGCUCCUGUAACGUACCUCCGCCGCCGCCGCCGCCGGAAGUGGCUUUAAAUAAGGAAGUUCAAGAUGGAGGCUGCCGUGUUCAUUCUGUCAUUAAUAGACUGCUGUGCUUUAAUUUUCCUUUCCGUAUACUUCAUAAUCACACUGUCCGAUCUCGAGUGCGAUUACAUCAACGCUCGCGCCUGCUGCUCCAAGCUGAACAAAUGGGUCCUGCCGGAGCUAGUAGGUCAAGCCUUAGCCACAGUCCUCAUGCUGGUCUCCAUGCACUGGUUCAUAUUCCUGCUGAACCUACCUGUGGCAUCCUGGAACCUCUACAGGUACAUCAAAGUGCCCAUGGGUAAUAUGGGGAUAUUUGACCCCACUGAGAUUCACAACCGAGGCCAGCUGAAAUCUCACAUGAAGGAGGCUAUGAUCAAGCUGGGUUUUCAUCUUCUCUGCUUCUUCAUCUAUCUUUACAGCAUGAUCCUGGCUCUGAUCAAUGAUUGAUGGUACCCAGCGGAAAUCGCACUCAGAUGGCAAAAUCAGGAUGCGUUUUCUUCUGAACCACAACCUUCUUUUUUUUUUUUUUUUCCCCCGUCCAAAUGCUCUGUAAUAAAACUCUGCCAAAUCACUUCCACUGCAUCCACUGAGAAACUUGAUAAUGGGAUAUGAGAGUCUGUGUAAAGUGAGUAGACUUUGGGUGACUAUUGUUUUUGUGAGGAUGCAGCUGGGCUGUGUUUUUUUUUUUUUUUUUUUU